AUGGAUGCUUCAACGUCAUCAAACAAGUCGGCCGCGAACCUCUUCCAGGUCUACCUGCGACUGAGGCCGCCCCCGGCUGGAGCUGCAUCCUCAGACAGAUUCCUGAGCGUUGAAGAGCCAGCAGACGGCUCCCAUCCGACACACAUCACCCUCAACCCUCCGAAUGACCGCAAGCGUUCCACCGAGAAAUUCGCCUUCACCAAGGUUUUCGAGGAGGAUGCCACCCAGCUCGAAGUCUUCCACUCCACGGGCGUCGCGUCACUGGUCGAAGGUGUCUUGGCUCCCCAUGGCGGCCAUGGCACAGAUGCUUUGAUUGCGACCCUUGGUGUUACUGGUUCCGGAAAGUCUCACACAAUUCUUGGUUCCCGAACCCAACGAGGCAUGACGCAGCUUGCGCUGGACGUCGUCUUCCGAUCCAUCGGCUCCAACAUGUACGACUCUCCCAGCCUCGAAGGCUCUCUUCAGGCCGCCGACGCCUCCGACGCAACCAUCAUGUCAGCCCCAUACUUUCUCGAGACCGUCUUUUCCGAUUUUGGUUCAUCCCGCGGAGGAGGAUCGAGAGCAGGCACGCCAAUGAUUGUAGGAACCCCAUCUGUUCAUGCCGACCCCUUUUCUUCCCACGAUGCAAUGCGUCAAAACAAGAGACAGCAGCCAUUGAUGGAUAUAGGCGGUGUGCGGCUGGUGCCCUCAACUCCGAGUCAGCCACGACGUCACCGUCCGCAUGAAUUCUCAAUGUCCAUUCUUCUCCAAACACCCGAACAUCUUCAAGAUGCGCAGAAGCACUUCAUGACCAUGACCGCAGCUUCACAGACUAAGAGCCAUGCUAAAACUUCCGCAAAGGGCGAACAUCAUCCUCCACCGACCCCUCGACGAGCUCUGCAGCGACCCUCGAACCUCCCCCAAGCCCCCGACAUCAGCUCCAUAAACGUUUCUUCCGACCCCGAUGCCGACUACGCUGUCGUUCUUUCCAUGUACGAAGUCUACAAUGACAAGAUCUACGAUCUCUUGACCCCGCCGAUCAAGUCGAACGCCACGAAAGAGUACCGCCGACGGCCCCUUUUGUUCAAGUCGACAGAGCAGUCCGCCGAUAGGAAGGUGGUUGCCGGGUUAAAGAAGAUUGCCUGCACUAACAUGAGAGAAGCCAUUAUGGUCUUGGAGGCUGGACUGCAUGAGCGUCAGGUGGCGGGGACCGGCAGCAACAGCGUGUCGUCUAGAAGCCAUGGCUUCUUCUGCGUGGAGGUGAAGAAACGCCCCAGAGUCGGCCGCAGCCGGACUUGGGCUGGCAAUGCCCUGACUAUUGUCGAUCUCGCCGGCAGUGAACGUGCUCGUGAUGCAAAGACCCAAGGUGCCACUCUUGCGGAGGCUGGCAAGAUCAACGAGAGCCUCAUGUACCUGGGCCAAUGCUUGCAGGCCCAGAGCAGUCUGGGAAGCAACAGCAAGCCCAGCGUCAUGCCUUUCCGCCAGUGCAAGAUGACGGAGCUCCUCUUUUCCAACUCCUUCUCCACCUCGUCUUCUGGUGUGGCUGUUCGUCGCAACCCGCAGCGCGGCGUCAUGGUCGUCACAGCAGACGCACACGGUGACCUCAACGCAACUUCUCAGAUUCUCAGAUACAGCGCUCUGGCGAGAGAAGUCACGGUUCCGCGCAUUCCCAGCAUCACGUCCACUCUCCUUGCAGAAACCCCCUCGACUUCUCACGCGUCCCCGCCUCUCACGUCUCCUGACUAUCCUCCUCCUCAGCGUCGCGGUUACUUCGGCCACGGCUCGGGAGGACAUAGGAACUUCUCCCCUGGCUCUGACAACGGAGACCGAGUCCUCAUGGAGCACGCUGCGCUCGAGAUUGCUCGCAUGCAGGAGGAGAUAACAAACCUCCACAUCGAACUGGAUCACGAGCGCGAGUCACGAGUGUGUGCUGAGGCUCACCUCCUCAGCAUGGAGGAUCGCCUGAUUGAGCUUGAACAGACGGUGCGCGAAGACUGCAUGGCCGAAUUCGACACCCGUUUCGAGCUUGAGCUGGCGCGGUGGAAGGCGACCCUGGCGGCGGAGCAAGAAAAGGGGGAAGAGCACUGGGAUCGCAAAAUGGAGCUUUUCGAAAAAGGCCUCGGUGUCACAGUAGCAGAGGACGACGAUGUUGGCGAGGACAAAGAAAACCUACUGGUGGAAAACCUUGAGCAGGAGAACGAGAGACUGCGCCGCGAGAACGAGAUUCUUAAGCGCGAGCUCGCCGGACGGAGCCCCAGCAAGCGCAAGCCGCUCUCCGAGCGCGAGGACUUUGGAGGCCGCAAGGCAGACAGCAGCGGCGGGCUCAACAACCUGGGCAAGAAGAUGGAACGGUUGCGCGUUAGCAACGAGAGCACCGCGAGCAAUGGAAGCACAGGUAGCCCGAAGAAGGUGCGCAAGCUUGGUGGCAAGAGAUGGGAGCAUGCUGCCGAUGACGACUUUUGA